AUGGUGGUUUUAUCCGAUGGCUCUCCCUUGAGCCAGCCAUGCCCCGGGGGACCGGUUCAGGUCGGUUUCUACGAGAUCAUCAGGACGCUGGGGAAGGGAAACUUCGCUGUAGUUAAACUGGCUUGUCACAAAGUCACAAAAACCCAGGUGGCCAUUAAAAUCAUUGAUAAGAAGAGACUGGAGCCCUCUGACCUGAAGAAGAUCUACAGAGAGGUCGAGGUGAUGAAGCUCCUCAACCAUCCGCACAUUAUCAAGCUCUAUCAGGUCAUGGAAACUAAGGACAUGUUGUACAUGGUGAUGGAGUAUGCCAGGAACGGAGAGAUGUUUGACUACCUGUUAUCGUUGGGGCGGCUGAGUGAGAGUGAGGCUCGCAGGAAGUUCUGUCAGAUCCUGUCAGCGGUGGACUACUGCCACAGCAACCACAUCGUCCACAGAGACCUGAAGGCUGAGAACCUUCUACUGGACUCCAACAUGGACAUCAAAGUAGCAGACUUUGGUUUUGGGAACUUCUUCAGUGAAGGACAAUUUCUGUCCACCUGGUGUGGGUCCCCUCCCUACGCCGCUCCAGAGGUGUUUGAGGGGAUUGAGUACGAGGGGCCUCCUCUAGACAUCUGGAGUCUGGGCGUGGUGCUGUACGUGUUGGUGUGUGGCGUCCUGCCCUUUGACGGCCCCUCCCUCCCCGCGCUCAGACAGAGGGUCCGGGAGGGCCGCUUCAGAAUCCCCUUCUACAUGUCCCAAGACUGUGAGAACCUGGUGCGGAGGAUGUUAGUAAUUGAACCGGCCAAACGGAUCACGGUGGCCCGGAUCAAGAAGCACCGCUGGAUGAAGUCGGACCCCCCGGCCACGGCAGCCCCUCCAGAGACGCCCCAGCCGACCCCUGCCCCUGAUGCAGAGCCCUGUCUGGGGGAGAAUUACAGCGAGCCGGUCCUUGGCCUCAUGCAGACCCUGGGCAUCGACCGGCAGAGGACCAUUGAGUCUCUUCAGAGCAGCAGCUACAACCACUUCUCUGCUAUCUACCGUCUCAUGCUGGAGAAGGUGAAAGAGCUCCGCUCCCUCAGACUGCCCCACAGCACCGAAAAGGUGACCCCCAACCCUGACCACGACACUCUGCUACCAACCUGCAUUAGUGAUCAGGAUCACCAUGGAAACCAGGGGGAGGAGCCACAGGAAGAGGGGCUACAAGAGGAGGGAGGGGCAGCACCCUUCUCCUUAGACCCCUCCCACAGACACACUCUGGCCGAGGUCUCUGCCAGCCUCCAGCAGUGCAGCCCAUCUUGUGUUGUGGUAAACUCAUCCGACCAAGCUUCCUCAGAUAGUUUCUCCUCUUCCUCCUCUUCCUUCUCUGCCAGUCCCAGCCUGUCCAGUCCUAUUGAGGACCCCUAUAUGUUACUUGUCACUACUGUGGUUGGCCCUGGGACUUAUAGCCCCACAGAGUCCCCCCUGGCCCUGUCCUCUACCGUGCCCAGCACUGUUGACGGCCCCUAUCAGUUAUUGGUCACUACCGGUCAUCUGGCCCUGUCGUCCACCCUGCAGCCCCCUCCCCAGGACAGCCUCCCCGUACCCAGCUUCCAGGAGGGCCGCCGAGCCUCCGACAUGGACACCGGCGCUCUAACUCAAGGUCUGAGGGUGUUCCGCCAGCAGUUGAGGAGGGAGGCCAGCGCCAAGGGCCUGCUGGGACUGAACAAGAUGAAGAGCCCCGGGGUCCGGCACGGGUGGUCCCCCCCAGCCUCUGGCCCUGCACCCUGCACCCCUGCCUGGGGGGGGCGAGACCUGUCCCACUGUGUCCCCACCACACCACUGUCAGAGGAGGGCUUCCAGCAGCAGAAAGUGAUCCAGAUUCCACUGUGCCAAUUCCACCCGACCACACCUCUUCCUCCCCGCCACCCCACGUCUUCCUCCCCGCCACCACACCUCUUCCUAACCACUCACCACACCCACAACUACACCCACACCUACAACUACACCCACAACUACACCCACACCUACAACUACACCCACAACUACACCCACAGCCACAACUACACCCACAGCAACAACUACAACCACAACUACACCCACAGCCACAACUACAACCACAACUACUCCCACAACCACAACUACACCCACAUCCACAACUACACCCACAGCUACACUCACAGCCACAACUACACCCACAGCCACAACUACACCCACAACUACAACCACAACUACACCCACAACUACACCCACAGCUACACUCACAGCCACAACUACACCCACAGCCACAACUACACCCACAACUACAACCACAACUACACCCACAACUACAACCACAGCUACACUCACAGCUACACCCACAGCUACACCAAAAGACACACCCACAACCACAAUCCUACCUAUCUCUAUGCUCAGAGCAACCGCUAG